AACGAAGCGUUGUUCAACUCCUGCCCGAAGAGCGGAGCUGUCUCAUUGUUUAAUUUUCUUUUUUUGACACAAAGUCACGGAUGUGCAGGUGGCUAGAAACCCGAACUAAAACAGAAAGAUAGGAGUGUGUUCUUCUCCUGUUUUAUCAGGAGUCGUUUCUUGCAUCCUGCCUCCUCCUGUUGCGACUGAAGCUCCAGAAAUGUGAGCGGGGAGAGACCGAGCCGUCAUUAAACGUCGAAUCGGGGCCGCGGAUGGAAAGAAACAGUCGGGAAGAAGCUGGGAGAAUUGAAGAAGAGGGCGUAGUUCCACGCAGCAGUGGGACCCCGACUGCAGCUCAGGGUGCGUAGAUGGAGCGCAUCCACUGGCUGCGGCAUCGGUGUCGGCAGCUGCUGGCUGUAGACUCGGAGACAGGCUGGUACUCGCCACCUGAUGGCCUUCCCAGCAAAGACUCCCCUCAGAGGGGCAGCGGAAAGAGGAGGACGGUGUUCGCCCGUUAUGGCCCCCAUCAGGAGGAAUAUGAAGCCGUGUCCAAAAAAUAUAAGGGUAACGGCAUCCGCACAACGAAAUACAGCCUGUUGACCUUUAUCCCCAUGAACCUGUUCCAGCAGUUCCACAGGGCGGCCAACCUGUACUUCCUGUUCCUGGCACUGCUUAACUGGGUGCCAGUUGUGGAGGCCUUUGAAAAGGAAAUCACAAUGAUUCCUCUGCUGGUGGUUCUCACGGUUAUUGGCAUUAAAGAUGCACUGGAGGACUACAGACGAUACCUGUUUGACAGGAAGGUCAACAACAAAUUGGUGCGCGUGUUCUGUGGCAAGCAGAAUUCCUACGUGGACCGCUGCUGGAAGGAUGUACGAGUCGGAGAAUUUGUACGUUUGUCCUGUAAUGAAAUCAUCCCUGCUGACCUGCUGCUGCUGUACUCCUCUGACCCCCGUGGGGUCUGUUACAUUGAAACUGCAAACCUGGAUGGAGAGACCAACCUGAAGUUGAGGAAGGUUGUGUCAGACCUUUCUCUACAGGGUGCAGACUUCACUCCGGAGAACUUCACCAGUCGCAUCGAGUGUGAGAACCCCAACAAUGACCUGAGCAGGUUCAAAGGUUACAUCGAGCACUCUGGGGAGGGUCGGGUCGGCCUCAACAGCAGCAACCUUCUCCUGAGGAGCUGCACCAUCCGCAACACAGAGACUGUGGUCGGCAUUGUGGUUUAUGCUGGUCAUGAGACCAAGGCUAUGAUGAACAACAGCGGACCGAGGUACAAGCGCAGCCAGCUGGAGAAGCGUCUGAACACAGACGUCCUGUGGUGCGUGGUCCUCCUCAUUGUCAUGUGUCUGGCAUCAGCUGUAGGUCAUGGUUUCUGGCUGAAAAGCUUUAAAGACUCAGUCUUUCAGGUCGCUGGAGAAACCUCCCCAGCUCUCGCUGGGUUCUACGUGUUUUGGACUAUGAUCAUCGUACUCCAGGUGCUGAUCCCAAUUUCCCUGUACGUGUCCAUUGAGAUUGUGAAGCUUGGUCAGAUCUACUUCAUCCACAACGACUUGGACUUUUACAAUGAGGAGCUGGACUCCAGGAUCCAGUGCCGGGCCCUCAACAUCACAGAGGAUCUGGGUCAGAUCCAGUAUGUGUUCUCGGACAAGACGGGAACGCUGACUGAAAACAAGAUGGUGUUCCGUCGCUGCAGUAUUUACGGGGUGGAAUACCCUCAUUUGGAAAACGCGCGAAGGCUGGAGGUGUACGAGGCGGAGCAGAACGAAGGAGCUGGGCGCACGACGACUCUGAAGUCUGCCUGCAGUAGGAAAUCUCUGAGCUGUCGUUCCUUGAGCUGCAACCGCAGCUCGGUGUCUCUGCAUACCCUCACCGCAGAGUCAUCUGAGGAGGAGGACCAGCUGUCCAAUCAUGCCGCAGCGAGGACCGGAGCCUUCUGCAGCCGCAUGGCCCAGGAUGUUGUACCAGACCCUGAGCUGGUGAGGAAACUGAGCAAGCUUUGCUCCUCCAAUCUGCAUUUAAGAGACAGUGCCUCUGAUAACAUAUCCAGCCUGGAGCUGACCUACAUUACUGACUUCUUCCUGGCUCUGGCCAUUUGUAACAGCGUGGUGGUGUCUUCGCCCAGCCAGCCCCGCCACAUGGUAACUGAAUCCCAAGCACCUGUGAGGUCUCUGGAGGAGAUUAAGCUGUUGUUCCAGCGCCUGAACUUCUAUUCAUUCUCCCCUCCCCAAAUCAAAGGAAGUCCUCGCAGUUUCACAAGCAAGCUGUUCACUCGUGGAAAAACUGGCUCCUUUGCCUUCAACACCCCACCCAGCAACGGCGCAGACAGCUCAGACCAGGAUCUUAAGAACAGCCAGGAAAGCUGCAAACUAAAGAGUGUGGAGAACCCCACUGACCGAGGGGAUUCUACUGCCACAGGGAGUGAGGAGGAUCUGGAGAACUUCAGUAAGGCAAAGGGAGGCGGUGACGGGGAUGCACGGAAUGUGGAAGAGCUGUGCAGAGAUAUGGAACCAGAAGAGAACGGUGACGAUGAGCUGCUGUAUGAGGCAGAGAGUCCUGACGAGGCGGCUCUGGUCUACGCUGCCCGGGCGUAUCACUGCACCCUAAAAGGCCGCUCGGCUGAGAGCCUGCUGGUAGACCUGCCAGGAAUCGGCUCUCUGGCUGUACAGCUGCUUCACAUCCUGCCUUUUGACUCCAACAGGAAGAGGAUGUCUGUGGUGGUCCGGCAUCCUCUAACGGGACAGGUAGUGGUGUACACCAAGGGAGCAGACUCCGUCAUCAUGGACCUGGCUGAAACACAGAGAGGUUCAGAACAGGUUCAGGAGUUUUACUGCAAGAUCAAGGAAAAAACCCAAAAACAUCUGGAUAUGUACGCUAGAGAAGGCCUCCGUACGCUCUGCAUUGCUAAAAAGGUUCUAGAAGAAGAGGAGUAUGAAGUUUGGCUUAAGAGGCAGCUGCUUGCAGAGAGCAGCAUUGAGAACCAAGAGGAGCUGCUGCUGGACUCUGCUCAAAGGCUGGAGACUGACCUCACUCUCCUGGGCUGCACAGGGAUUGUGGACAGGCUACAGGAGGAUGUCCCAGAGACGAUAGAAGCCCUGCAGGAGGCUGGUGUGAGGGUGUGGGUUCUCACCGGAGACAAACAGGAGACGGCCGUCAACGUAGCCAACGCCUGCAGACUGCUCCGCUCCAACGAUCGACUGUUGACCGCCAAUUGUGGAAGCAAGGAUGCAUUAGCAGCUCUGCUUGAGGAGCUUUUAAUUGAAGUCCAGAAUGGCGAGAACGGAGAGGAGCCUUCUUUUGACAGCACCAGCAGCUUCAUCCUGGUGAUUGAUGGCCGGACGCUGGAGUGGGCCCUGCAGGAGGAACUGAAGGAAAGCUUUUUGCAGCUGAGCUGUAAAUGUAAAGCAGUCAUCUGCUGCCGAUCCACGCCACUCCAGAAGAGCAAAGUGGUCCAGCUAAUACGGGACAAGAUUGGUGUCAUGACGCUGGCCGUGGGUGAUGGAGCAAAUGACGUGAGCAUGAUUCAGGUAGCUGAUGUUGGAAUCGGGAUAUCUGGUCAGGAGGGGAUGCAGGCUGUGAUGUCCAGUGACUUCGCCAUCUCAAGAUUCAAACACCUCAAAAAGUUGCUGCUGGUUCAUGGCCACUGGUGCUACAACCGCCUUGCAAACAUGAUCCUCUACUUCAUCUACAAGAACGUGAUGUAUGUGAAUCUGCUGUUCUGGUAUCAGUUCUUCUGCGGCUUCUCUGGGGCCGUCAUGAUCAACUCCUGGGUGCUAAUCCUCUUUAAUCUAGUCUUCACGUCAGUUCCUCCUAUCAUCUACGGCGUCCUCGACCAAGACAUGCCAGCAGACACCCUGAUGAAGCUUCCUGAGCUCUAUGGAGCGGCACAGACCGCCAAGGUCUAUGUUCCAGCCACUUUCUGGAUCACCAUGCUGGAUGCCUUUUACCAAAGCCUUGUUUGUUUCUUCGUGCCUUAUUUCGCGUUGUCCAGGUCAGAUGUGGGAGUGCUGUCGUUCGGCUCACCUGUCAACACCUCAGCUCUCCUCAUCAUCCUGCUACAUCAAGUUGUGGAGAGCAACACACUGACAUGGAUUCAUAUGCUGGUGUUGGUGCUCAGUGCUGCUUUGUAUUUCGCCUUUGCACAGCUCUACAGUGCCUUCUGUGUGGUCUGCAGCCACCCCACCAACCUGUUUGGGGUUGAAAAACUGCAGAUGUCCCAGCCUCUCUACUACAUCAUCUGCAUCCUCACUACAGUCGCUGCUUUGUUACCAAGGAUUUUGUUUCGGGCGCUGUUCAACUCCCUCCACUUCCCUACGUCUCUGAAAACCGCUCAUAGAGAUGAGGCAGCUGUAGAGCAGUACCGCCGCAGGAUGCAUCGCUGGAACCUGAAACACACGGCAGCCAGCAGCCUCCCUGUGUGCGCAGAUAAUCCAGGGCUGGUGCCCAGUGAGGAGGAAGUGAUGUCAUGACCUUUUCUCAGAGACACAGAAGGUUAAACUCAAAUCAGCGACUGAUGUCAGGCAACAGGAGAUAGAGGAGAUAUUCGGUGCAAUGAAGUGUUAAUCUGACAGAACUCUGCAGCUUCCUUCAGCUCAGAGAAGACUGAUAUUGCCACGCAUGACAGCAGCUGUAAGACCAAAACCAACAGCUGAAACCAGCCUCUGGUUUGGGCCAUGAGAAAAAAACACAACCCCAAAAACUUUGAUGCUGUUUGAAUUGUGUUUACGUACUGUACAUGCAGCUAUGCACUAUGAAAAUGUUACCAUUGUUUACCUGCUCAGCUCGGGAAGGAUUCCUCAGCAUCUGAAUGACUUUCCUUUGAGGCACAUUUAUUUAUUCCUGUACAGGCUUUGGUUUCUAUGAGAGCAGAUGCUAAAGCUAACCUGGAUGGACAUGAAUCCAGUUUAAUGAAGAUAGUCUAAUUAUUUUUGUCUUUUUGAUUCAGUCGACUAGUGAGAGUAAAGAUCAACAUUCCCAAAGACAGAGAUGGUCCUGUUCUGGUGUUUUGAAGUGCCUUUUCACUUCUUUAUCAAGAAAACAAUAAAGCAAUAAUGAAUACAA